AAGCGUUGACGUCACUUUUAUCCGACGCAGUAGCGAUUCGUUCUUGGCGCACUGGACUAGAUUUUACAGCAUACAUGCGAAGGAUGAACCUGACAACCGGCUGGCUGCUGCUCCUCUCCAUCUUUGCUGUGGUGUGGUCAGUGCCCAUCGAUCGCAAUGGCGGCAACCAGGAGCCUAAAGAGGAGGUGCAGGAAGAAAACAUGGACACUGGCCUGUACUAUGACAGGUAUCUCAGAGAGGUGAUCGAGGUUUUGGAGACUGAUCCUCACUUCAGAGAGAAACUACAGACGGCAAACACAGAGGACAUCAAGAACGGGCGUCUCAGUAAAGAGCUGGAUCUGGUAGGUCAUCAUGUCAGGACCCGGCUGGAUGAGCUGAAGCGUCAGGAGGUUUCUCGGCUCAGGAUGCUUCUGAAGGCCAAACUGGACAGCACCAACACACAAAGCCUUCAGAUGGACCACGCCUCACUGCUGAAGCAGUUUGAACAUCUGGAUCCACACAAUCAAAACACUUUUGAAGCAAAAGACCUGGAGCUGCUGAUCUCCACGGCCACUAAGGACCUGGAGAACUACGACGCCGAGAGACAUGAGGAGUUCAAGCGCUAUGAGAUGCUGAAGGAGCACGAGAGGCGAGAGUACCUGAGGGGUCUGGACCAGGAGAAGAGAGAGAAAGAGGAGAAAAGGAUGCAGGAGCUGAAGGAGAAACACAGACAGCACCCUAAAGUCAAUUCUCCAGGCAGCGUUGCUCAGCUGAGGGAAGUUUGGGAGGAGACGGACGGAUUGGAUCCUCAGGAAUUCAACCCUAAAACCUUCUUCAAACUGCAUGAUACAAAUGAAGACGGUGUUUUAGAUGAACAAGAAUUGGAAGCACUCUUCACAAAGGAGCUAGAGAAGGUCUAUGAUCCAAAGAAUGAGGAAGAUGACAUGAUGGAGAUGGAGGAAGAAAGGUUGAGGAUGAGGGAGCACGUCAUGAAUAAUGUGGAUACAAACAAAGACCGGCUCGUAAGCCUGGAUGAGUUCCUCAAAUCCACAGAGAAAAAGGAGUUCAGUAACCCUAAGGAAUGGGAGACUCUGGAUGCCAAGCCAGUGUACACAGAAGAAGAGCUCCAGCGAUUUGAAGCAGAGCUCCGGGACAAAGAGGAGGAGCUGAAGAGGAAAGCAGAGACUCUUCGUCAGGAGCAGGAACUGCUGAAGGAGAGAGGCAAAGCCCUGGAGGCCCAGAGGAGAGAGUACCAACAGGCAGUGCUAGAAAUGUCUCAGAGGCAGAAGGAACAGCCGGCAGCAGGUGGACAGCCUCCUGUAGGUCCUAAUGGAGAGCUACACUUUCAACCACAAACACACAAACCUGAAGAGGCCGAAGCUCCAGCUGAAGCCCAGAACAAUCUACCUGCAGAGCCUCCACAGAAUCUGCCCAUACACACUUAACGCAGCAUCUGUGACACACACACACAUACACAAACAUACAGGUUCACAUUUUGACUUGCACCGACACAGGAAUCCAGAACAGUUCUGCAAACUGAACGCAGCGAGCUGUGUUUAAAUUCAGGCAGAGCGACUUGUUUACCAUGACAUAUUGUGCUGUGUGUUCAUCUCUGUGGUCUAUAUUAGAUUCAAGAUUUCAUAACACCAGCUGUGAGUACAUGCAUGUUAAAGUGUCUUCAGUUUCAGUGAAGCUUUUCAUUCAUGCAGAAUCUUCAUUGUUAAAUCACAAAUAAAGUCUAUUUAAAUCUCCAAACCAAA